AUGAGUAACUUAGUAAAUGGUAUUGCAGUAUCGAUCGAGGACAAAAAAGGAGAAGCUCUGAUCUGCUUCCGCGUAAUGUUUCGUCGAACCCCUCGGUUUCUCAAUAGGAAGCUUCGAAGUCUAGCCGUACCUGAGCUGUGCCAACUCAAAGAAGAUCUAUCAGAAGUACUGCUUCUGCUUCAAUCGAUGGAAAUACCUGACGAGCUGAACGAAAGGCUUGAGGACACUCCGACACGUCUACGAAUUCGCCUGCAGUUGUGCAACGAGCAACCGAAACGUUUGUUUAAGAAAACACUCGAAAUAUCACUGCCAGAAGUUUUAGUACCAUUGGCUGAUACUGUAAGGAACGAAUAUAACCAGAUGGUGUUUGCAGUCUUCGUACCUUCUGAUGAUCUCGAUCAAUAA